AAAACAGUGGGGAGUCAUAGUCAGCGCACGGGCCACACGCGCCAUGCACGUGGCCGCGGGGCAUCAAAACCACCCGCUUCCUGUCCCCGUAAUUCGUGUUCCUUCUAUGCAGAUAUAUAGCAGAAUACAACCACCACAACCCCCAUCCUUUCGCACGCGUCACGAACCAGUGAACCCCAACCCGCCCGCCCGCCAGAUGAAAUGGGUGCACAUCCCGCUUCUAGACAUCGGCGUCGUCGUCGGCGGCAGCGGCAGCGGCAGCGGCAGCAGCGGGCAACAGACCUCGUCGCUUGCCUCCUCCCCGUCCCCGGCAACGCACGAGCUCGUGCGGUACACCAAGAUCGUCCGGCGGCUGCAGUGGAAACUGCCGUUCCUCGCUACAGGCUACUACCAGGCCGUAGCGCGGGGCGGUGCUAAGGACCCCGCCGCGCAGCAGGCCCAGGCCGCAGUCGUGCAGGCGGCAGAGGCCGAGCUGAUGUUCAAGCUCGAUUUCUUCGAGUACUACAUGUUGAUAGAACGCGCCCUAGUGCAUUUGCUGGGCGUGUUCGGCAUCACAAUCUCGCGGGGCGGCAUCUCGGUACCGCCGCGGGCGCCCUCAAAAGGGCUGUCUUCGAGCGUCUGGGGCGGAAAUGGCAGGAACUCGAGGAGCACAGACGACAGAAUGGACAACAACAGGGCAAGUCACGCGCCAAACAGUGGUGGAUACCCCGGCAGCGCUAGCAAUAACCAUAGCGGACAAGGCAGUCCCGGCCCGUGGGGCCACCGGUACCACGCCAACGUCCUCGAGGCGCUGGACGACAAGGAGAACCCGCUGCACGAGGUUCUCGGCACGGGCGAGGUACGACGCCAGCUCGGGCGAGCCAAGGACCUGCGGAACCGGUGGAAGACGGCGGGAGACGAUGUGGACACCAUGAAGGUGUCGGUGCCGCUCGAGGUGUACGACCUGGACCGGAUGCUGACGACCGUGUUUGAGGGCUUUGACGCGGCGUUUGUGAUCGCCGAGCGCUUCGUGGGCGGCGACAGCGAAGGCGACGAGGGCGACGAUAGCAUGGACAUCGUGAGCGAUGGAGGCGGCGACGGCGGUGGCGGCGUCGACUGGACGGCGACAGACGAGGAGCAGUGGGAGUUCAUGGUUGAUGCCAUGGACUGGGAAGCAGUCUGA